GGGUACUAUGAUGUCAUGGGGCAAUGGGACCCUUCAUUUAACUGCAGCGUGGGGGAAUUUCUGUAUUGCUGUGGCACAUGUGGCUUCAGAUACUGUUGUAAGUUCAGAGAUUCAAGACUGGAUCAAAGUGUCUGCACUAACUAUGAGAGACCAGUCUGGGUGAACCAAGGCAAGUCCACCCCAAAGAUUGACGAUCCACUGAAUGACCCAACUAGGGAUAAAACUAAUUUGAUUGUCUACAUUAUAUGUGGAGUAGUGGCCGUCAUGGUUCUUGUUGGGAUUUUCACCAAGUUGGGACUAGAAAAGGCUCACAGACCUCAGAGGGAAAACAUGUCAAGGGCACUUGCUGAUGUGAUGCGACAACAGAGUCACUGCUCGACAGACCACAUGGAAAGAGAUGUGAACCUUGUAGUUCAUGUGCAGCACUAUGAAACCAUGACAAGACCCUCUGGAAAUAAUUUACAUACGUCAAAGGUAAAUAAUGUGGUACCGACAUCUCCACAUCUCCCUCAAAUGGCGCAUCCACACUCCUUCCCAAAUAUGGGGCAAAUUUCAAAUCCAUAUGAGCAGCAGCCGCCUGGAAAGGAACUCAAUAAGUACGCUUCUCUGAAGGCCGUUGCUGAAAAAGGCAACGAUGACUUCUACUCCAAAAGAAGACACCUAGCAGAAUUAGCGGCAAAGGGUAGUCUUCCCCUGCAUCCAGUACGUGUAGAGCAAGACCGAUCAUACAGCCCAGAGGGGGGAACUCUGAAAUUAAAUGGGCAGAAAUCCAAAGUGAAUAAAAUACACAAUCAUCCACUGGCUUCUAACUACAAUCCCGAUUACAAAACCUGGGACCACACUGAGCAUUCACUUCGGCGGCAAGCAUAUGCAGCGAAGAAACACUGCCCGGUGGAGUCAGUAAAUGAGCAGAUGACACCCCCAACUCAACAUUACAUUCAUUCACAGCCAUACUUUGUAACAAACAGUAAAACAGAGGUAACUGUCUGAAACCUAGAGAAUCCUACAGAUCAAUGGAAGACAGAUAUGAGACCAAUGGAAUUUCGUUGUGUUACGUUGAAGAAUUAAAGGUGCAGUCUUGGUUUACAGCUUUGAGCAAUACUGUAUAUGAAUGGACAUAGGGAUUCCAUUUUUACUUUACAAUGAACAAAAAAAAAUACUUUUGUCUACUCUUUUUCUCUUUUUUUAAAUUAGAAAGUUCAUGAUUAAAAAGUAGCACAAUUAAUACAGCCUUCAUCUCUGCAAAAAUUAUGUGUGUAUGUUCUUCAGUGCAAGAGAAGACAAGAAGAUGGGACGUUACAUGAGCCAAUAUAUUUUCGUAUUAAAAAAAAAGAAAAAAAAAACAAAAAACAAAAAAAAUACUUUCAUUCAUCAUUUUGCACAUCUGUGAAGAUUCAUUGGAAAACAGGCAUUUCCAUCCUUAGGAAGCAAAAAAUUUAUUUAAGAACUUAAUAAGACUGUUACAUUAAAAAAAAGGGAAGGGCACUUUUCUGUUGAUGGAAAGUUCCGAGCUAUUUAAAAAAAAAAAAAAAUUUCUCUACAAACAAACAAAAAGUUUUGGAUAA